CUAUCAUUCACAGUGACCACCCACCUCCGAUGCGUCACCACCGCCACCAACAACCACCUCCCGGCACCAUCAUUUGGCCUCCCACAACCAACACAGCGCACACCAACCACACCAGCCCCGACAAAACGACGUUGUGACGCCACGUCACCCGCCACAACCACCAGCCAAGAUUUUCGCAGCCUUCUCCCUUUUCCUCUCGCAUCAUCAGCACUCAUUCGACAUUUCAAUUAUUUGAGGAAAGCGUGCCUGGGAUGGCCCAUGGUGCUCUAUUUUGUUCUUCGCAUCUGCAUGCUGCUACACAGUUUCUCCGUUGCUGUCAACUUGAGCGCUAUCAGCGAAAUUCCGUGCCAGCAGGUUGUAUGAAUCUCGAAGAGUACGUCAACACCACUUGCCGCCUGCCCAAUGCCGCCACGCCGCGCACUAGCCACAGCAACCAAGCAAGCACCAGCCACACGUCAACAAUACCUUCCAGAUGCGCCAUGAAGUCCGCAGCAGCAACGACAACGAGAAACAUUGAUGGAGGAACGAGUGCCGCCAAAGGUCAGCAACCCCCGAUAUCCCCUUUCGAAUGACAAGUCGCCAGCCAAUCGCCGUUGCCCACACCACACACCAAGCAUUUCCACGUCACCCCGCCGUGCAUGCCGUUUUGACGGCAUAUGUACUAGUAUGCGCUCGCAGGAGCAGGAGGGGGGUUCGAGAAGGGGAUAUACAGAGUUUGUGGAAGGGACCCAGUGGGGGGAGGGCUGCGUUCCUCCCGGUGUCGCCGGUGUGGAUGGCAAAGGAUCGUUCAAUACAAGUUCAAUACUGUACAUAUUAUCGUACUCUCAUAAUAUAAUAUUG